AUGUUAAAACUAUUUGCUUUAAACUCCAUUUUGUUAAUUUAUUGUUUUAAUAUUGUUGAUGGGAGUGGAGAAGGGUCUAACGAAGAAAAUGAGGAGUUUUUCGAAGCAAAGGCUGAAUUCGAUAUUUCUUCCGAGAUAGAUGAAGUUGAUCAACAUGUAAAGAAUCAAAUUGCUUGGAUUUUAGAAAAUGCUAGUAAAUGUGAUGAACAAGAGAAAUGUGUAAAUAUGUUUUUGAAUGAUAUGGCGAUGUUUAAUGAUCUAGCCCGAUUUAUAGGAAUUUCCGAAUUUUGCGACAACUUGAAGAGUGAUGAAGGCAAAAUUGGGAAUCCAAUCAGGGAACUUCUCAAUGGUGAAAUUAAAAACAAUGACGCAAAAAUUAGUUUGAAUCUUUAUACCAAAUGUGUUAAUAAUUUUUUCACUAAUGAAAAAGGACUUUUUCAAAUGAAAAAUUCAAAACCUCUCGAAUUAUCUGAAACUAACAAAAAGCUUCUUCACUCUUUUCUGACCAAACCUCUGUAUAUUGCAACUAAAAUGUACGAAUCAAUUCAAAAUAAAGACACAAAUGCUUUAUUAGAAAUUGUUUCCACUCAAAAAUUAGAGGAUUUAAAUGUGGCAAUGAAGAUAAUGAUAGCUCUUCAUCCAGAUUUAAAAUUGGUUAAAACGGUCAAUGAUAAAGUUGAUUUUAAAGAGUUUUCAAAAGUUCAAAGUGUGCUAGAUGCUGAAACACUUGAACAAUUUUUAAAUUGGCGUUUUGAUCCAAACUGUAAUGAAAAGCCAACAGAAAAUAAGGUAAGAAAAUUCUCAUAA